UAACGGCUUUGCCCGAUGCUCAAGGAAGCCCCGGGGUGCCGUUUCCGGAGGACCAGGGCUGCGCCCGGGUGGAGGGUGCGGCGGGGGAGGGGAGGGCCCGGCCGGGCCGGGCCGGGCCGGACCGGGCCAGCAGCUCCUGCCGGGCCUUGCCCAGCGCCGGGGCCGCCCAGCCCCGCGCCCGCUCCCUCCUUCCCCCCGCCUGGCCACCGAACCCGCCCCAGUGCUCAUGCGCCCCGGGAGAGGUUUAAAGCGGACGCGGUGGCUGCCGUCGGUUGUGCAGCUCCGCGGAAGGGCCAGGGCAGUGCGGAGAGGUUGGCAUCCGUGGUGGGGCUCCCUAGUGGGCAGGCUUCGCCGUGCCGUGCCGCUCUCCUCGCCUCCGCUCUCGGUCGCCCCGGGGUCCGGACGCGCUCCGCCACCAUGUGGCUUGUCCCCCUUCUCCUCGGCACCUUCCUGCUUUUCAGCCCCGUUCGCGGGAGCGACGGCUCGGCUCCCACCGCUAUCACGUGCUUUACAAGAGGACUCGACCUUAGAAAGCAGGUAGAAGAUGUCAUUUGCCCAGCAAACUGUCCUCUGUGGCAAUUUUAUGUCUUUGGGAAUGGAGUUUAUGCUUCUCUUUCCAGUAUCUGUGGGGCUGCCAUACACAGGGGGGUGAUCACCAGUGCAGGAGGAGCUGUAAGGGUACAGACUCUUCCAGGGCAGGAAAGCUACCCGGCUGUAAAUGCCAAUGGGAUCCAGUCUCAGGUGCUCACUAGAUGGACUUCGUCUUUCUCAGUGACUGGUAUCAAGAGCACAGCGCUUGAAUCAGUUGGACGAUCUGUAUCAACAGCACGUCCUUCUACAGGUAAAAAACCCAAGAAGACACUUGAUAAAAAGGCUGGAAACAAAGACUGUAAAGCUGAUAUUGCAUUUCUCGUUGAUGGAAGUUACAACAUUGGCCAACGUAGAUUUAAUUUGCAGAAAAACUUUGUUGGAAAAGUAGCUGUGAUGUUAGGAAUUGGAACAGAAGGGCCUCACGUCGGAGUUGUACAGGCCAGUGAACAUCCAAAAAUUGAAUUCUAUCUGAAAAACUUCACUGCUGCAAAAGAAGUUUUGUUUGCCAUAAAGGAAUUGGGGUUCAGAGGAGGCAAUUCUAAUACAGGGAAAGCUUUGAAGCACACAGCUCAGAAAUUCUUCUCUUUGGAAAAUGGAGCACGCAAAGGAAUUCCCAAGAUCAUUGUAGUGUUUCUAGAUGGCUGGCCAUCAGAUGAUCUAGAAGAAGCUGGGAUAGUGGCCAGAGAAUUUGGAGUCAACGUGUUCAUUGUAUCUGUAGCAAAGCCCACAACAGAGGAGCUGGGAAUGGUGCAAGACAUUGGUUUUGUUGACAAAGCUGUCUGUCGAAAAAAUGGCUUCUUUUCUUACCAAAUGCCCACCUGGUUUGGUACUACCAAAUACGUAAAACCUCUUGUCCAAAAGCUGUGUUCACAUGAGCAGAUGUUCUGUAGCAAGACAUGCUACAACUCCGUCAACAUUGCUUUCUUGAUUGAUGGUUCCAGCAGCGUUGGAGACAACAACUUCCGCCUUGUGCUUGAAUUCAUCAGCAACAUUGCAAAGGCUUUUGAGAUCUCUGACAUAGGUUCCAAGAUUGCAGCUGUGCAGUUCACAUACGAUCAGCGUACUGAGUUCAGCUUCACAGACUACAACACAAAAGAAGAGGUCCUCUCUGCUAUUCGCAACAUUCGCUACAUGAGUGGUGGCACUGCUACUGGUGAUGCCAUUACUUUCACAACCAGAAAUGUGUUUGGGCCAGUGAAAGAUGGUGCUAACAAAAACUUCCUCUUUGUUUUGACUGAUGGUCAGUCUUACGAUGAUGUUAGAGGACCUGCUGCUGCUGCACAAAAAGCAGGAAUAACUGUGUUCUCUGUUGGUGUUGCCUGGGCACCUCUGGAUGAUCUGAAAGACAUGGCUUCUGAACCAAGAGAAUCUCAUACUUUCUUCACUAGGGAGUUCACAGGAUUGGAGCAGUUGGUUCCUGAUAUUAUUAGAGGCAUCUGUAAAGAUUUUUUGGACUCUAAACAAUGAAGCAAAAAUCUGCUGUUGGUAGUUUGAAACCAAAAAUCAUGAAAUUGAAAUAGUCCCUCUCAAGUACAGAUGUUUUAUUCUUAUAUAUACUAUCAUAAUGCAAGGGAAGAAGAAAGGCUACUUUUAUUUCUGUGUUUGAGUCAGUCAAGAAUUUAUGUGAGGUUGUUAGAAGUUGUACUUGAUACUGAAAUGCAGAAUUUGGCCAACAGUUACUAUUUUCAAUACAUAUGUAGUAUCCCCAAAUUCAAAGCUAUGCGUAUCAUGCACUUAAGGCUAUCAGAUAUAAGCAGAGGAAUAAUACAGCUCUGACAUGUUUGCUGUCACUUGCUAGAUGUCUUCUUAUGAGUUAAAAAUAAUACAGUUUUAAAUACAUAGUACUAUCUUCUAUAAGCAUUUUGUAGUUUCUGUAUCUUUUCAAGGAGUUCUGCUGACAGGGUGAAGUACUUCAGUUGCACAACAUCCAUUAUUGCCAGGCAGUUUAGGAAAAGAUAUGACAGGAGAAGAUAUGACAGAUUGUAGCUAAACAGUCUAUUUUUCACUAGUUGAGGUUUUGCUAUUGUGAACGAUGCUGCCAUCUGGUUGGCAAAGUUUACAUCAAAAGACAUCAAAAGACCCACAGAUUUCUGUGGAUUGAUCUUGUUUGGUUCUUUUGGCAUAGAUUUUUGAAAGGUAUUUAAGGCACAGUAGUUUUUUUGGGAGAAUCUGGGUCCUAGCAUAUUAGCUGAUACUACUCCUGCCUACACCACUGAAGUGAACAGCAAUAUUCCUAAUAUAUCUGAUAACCAGAUUUUUUUUCCUGUCUACUGUCUUGAUUUUAUGAAGUUGUUACUGAUUAAACAGAGGUAAGAGUCUUGGGCAAAGAGAUUAAACUAGACCACACACUGGGAACUGAAAGCAUUCAUAUUCAAGUCCAAAGCCAUCUCAGACCUUGAAACCUGAUUUAUAUCAUAUGACAGUGUAAGUAAAGAAAAAAAUAAGCAGACAUGUAAGUGGGAUUCAGUAGCUCACAGAUAACAGUUUUCUAAUGCUAAUAAAAACAUCUUUAAAGAUGUGUAAGGUUCUCUGAAGAUGAAAGAAUAGUUUUCUUGAAAAAAGGCUUUAAUUUGAUUACAUACCUAGUAAUGUGUUGAUAUAUUUAUACCUACUGGUGUAUGGUUAAAAUGAU